UAUGGUCAGUUUCCCAACAGCCACCGUGCGCGCACACGUUCAAUACACGGCUGUAUAGCGGACCGGCCAAUAAUAAUUUUAAAAAAAUAAUAAUAAUAUUUGCGACCGCGGUCGUUCGCCGAAAAGUUAUUGCGCCCGCCGCCGCAGGGCCGACCUUCGUUUGUGUUGGUGUAUGUGCUUAUUAUAUUGUUCUGUUUUGCGUUGCUGUUCCUGUACCUACGGUGGGAUAACGUUUUUCUCUGGGUUUUUGUUUUGUUCACUGGGAAAUCUCACCCGCCUCCACCACCACCACCAUCAUUCGGGAUAACAGGACAACAGAUAAUGAGAUUAAAGGGAACUCAAUGCCAAAAAUGAAACAAGACGGAUUGACGAAAAUCGGUUGGUCGUGAUUGGUGUCUUAUUGUUAGUGGAAAUUGACUUUUGUAGUUGCUUCCUUCAAGGCAGGGGAUGGGUUCGAGUGGCGGACCUCCUCUGGUUCUUACUUAUUCCGGUGUGAAAUCUGAUAACGACUCCAAUACCACUGUGUACAACGAAACCAGUCUACCAUACGACUUGCGUUUCAACGAUGGUCACAUGCUGGCGAUAAUUACUUACAGCAUAUUGAUGGUGAUUUCGGCAAUUGGCAACAUAACCGUCCUCACUAUUAUAUUGAAACGCAAGCGAAAGGCCGGCACCAGGAUACACGCUAUGCUUAUGCAUUUGGCCAUCGCCGAUCUCAUUGUAACGUUUUUAAUGAUGCCAUUAGAAAUAACAUGGGCAUGGACAGUGCAAUGGGUGUUCGGUGAUCCUAUGUGUCGUAUAAUGGCAUUCUUCAGAAUAUUUGGAUUGUACCUUUCUAGUUUCAUUUUAAUUUGCAUCAGCGUAGACAGAUAUUUGGCCGUACUACAACCUAUGCGACUAUACCAAAUGGAUAGCAGAGGAAAAUUAAUGAUCGCAAUAGCUUGGUUCGCAUCGUUCGUUUGCAGUUUACCUCAGAGUUACAUAUUCCACGUAGAAAGACAUCCUAAGUUUAGUUAUUUUGUACAGUGUGUUACUUUUAACGCUUAUCCGUCUGAACUACACGAACUGGCGUAUUUAUACUUUGGAAUGUUCAUGAUGUAUUGGUUGCCAUUAAUAGUUAUACUGUUUUGUUAUGCAUCUAUUAUCAUCGAGAUUUACAGAAGAUCCAGAGAGUCCAUAUGUGGUACGGAAAACGUACGAAGAUUGGGAUUUUUGGGACGGGCCAAAAGUAGAACAUUAAAAAUGACAAUCAUUAUCGUAUUGGCGUUUGUUGUUUGCUGGACGCCUUACUAUAUCAUGGCAAUUUGGUAUUGGACGGACAACAUAUCGGCACAAAUGGUGGACCAGAAAGUGCAACACGUGUUGUUCAUGUUUGCGUGCACCAAUUCAUGCAUGAACCCCAUAGUGUACGGGGCGUUCAACAUACGCACUAGGAGAACGUUAGUGACGCAGGGAACCGGAGAAUCAAUUGCCUCGCUGAGAGUCAUUACGUGGCACAAACUGACUGUGCGAUCGAAGAAUGACCGCAAAUCCAACGUUGAAGAUUCCACAAUGAUCUAUACACGUUGUCAAAACGGCAAUGGUAGCAAGGUCUCCACUGAAAACGUUACCAACAUGACGCUUUUGUCAGAUGAAAACGAAUCCAAAGAUAAUCACAACUCAACGGUACUAUACGAUAUCAAAGAUUUGUAUUUAAUUCAUCACACCGGCAUUAUUAUACUAAAUAGUUCGAGUUAAUUGAAAUGAAAAAUACGGUUAAUGUAUGUAUUUAAUUAUCUACAUUUAAUGGCUUAAUAAAUUAAGGUACUUAUAUCUGUUUAGUAUAUUUUUAUUUUAUACUAAUUGUAUCGAAGCUCCAGAAUUUGAUUUAUAAAAUGUAUUUACUAUACUUUGUUUUAUAAUUUUCGUAUAUAUAAUAUUAUUUUGAGUGCCAAUUAAUUGGCAGCUAUUUAUACAACGAGAUGUCUGUCCCAUUUGUGUGAAUAACAAUUGUUAUGAAAUACCUUACUCGAAGAGGGAUAAAAAAUAUACCUUUUUAAUGUAUAGGUCUUUAGAUUACCACCAUUAUUUAUAAGUUUUCAGUUAUAAAUAUAGUAUAAUGUUACAUUCCGUAAUUUUUUUCUUUCCAUUAUUAGUAUAAAUAUCAUAGUUAUUAAUAUUGUAAGCAACUAGUUUACAUUAGUUGUAAAACUAAAUUGAAUAUUUUGUAGACCAAAACAACU